AUGGCUAGUGCUUCGCAAAAUAACAUGUGAGUUGACUACAGUAAUCCAACCAUUCUUCAAUUUAUCCAUUUCAGUGGGAUGAGUUCGGUGGCCGAAAGACCAAUUGAGCAAGAGCUGUAUUAUCAUGGUUUAUUACCACGAGAAGAUGUCAAAAUAAUGCUUGUAAAGAAUGGCGAAUUUCUUCUUCGUAUGUCAGAACCGAAAAAGGGUGAACCUCGCUCAUUCAUCCUUUCUGUUAUGCACAAUGCACAAUUAGAUGAGGCGACAGCAAUCAAACAUUUUGUCAUCAAAUUUUCCGGUGGAAAAUAUAUGAUCGAAAAAUACUCGUUUGAUACUAUCCAACAAAUGAUUGAGCAUCAUUUGAAAUCGAAAGAAUCGAUCAAAGUUGCCGAUGAUUGUUUGAUCACCAAACCAAUUCUUCGACAAUAUUGGGAACUUGAUCAUGAAAAUAUCACUGUUUUGAAAAAGUUGGGAGAAGGAGCGUUUGGAGAAGUCAGCAUGGGACAACUUCGAAACAAAAAGAUGAAUAAGACCUAUCAAGUUGCCAUCAAACAAGCAAAACUCGAGAAAGUUACCAAGGAACAAAUCAAGGAAUUCAUGUCGGAAGCUCGUUUGAUGCGUCAAUUCAAUCAUCCACAUGUCGUCCGCUUUUUUGGUGUUGCUGCUGGAACUGAACCAUUAUAUAUGGUGAUGGAAUUGGCAUCGAAUGGUGCACUUGAUAGUUAUCUUACCAAGAAUCCUGAGAUGCCAAUAGAAAAAAGAAAUGAGAUGAUACUUCAAGCUGCUUGGGGUUUGGAGUAUCUUCAUUCGAAACCUGUUUUGCAUCGGGAUAUUGCUGCAAGAAACUGUUUGUAUGGUGAUGGAAAGGUCAAGAUUUCCGAUUUUGGGCUAACUCGACAUGGAACUAUUUAUCAAAUGGAUCCAUCGAGAAAAGUUCCAAUUCGUUGGUUGGCAAUUGAAACUCUCAAACAACAGAUUUAUACACAAAAGACUGAUGUCUGGAGUUACGGUAAGAUUAGAACAAAUAGAUAAUGAAAUAUAAAUUUUUUUAGGAAUCAUGUGUUGGGAGAUUUACAACAAUGGCAUCGAACCAUAUCCUGGAAUGACUGUUGCUGAAGUAAAUCAACAAGUUCGUGAGGGAUACCGUAUGCAAUUGCCGCCAAAUGUCAGCCCGGAAAUUCAAAAUUUGAUUACGGUCAAAUGUUGGAGUGAAAAUCCGAAUGAUCGCUAUGGAAUGCCGGAGAUCGCGACAAUGUUGCAAAAAUUGACUGGUGUCGUUCGUCCCAAUUUUGCAGCUAUUCAAGCUCAAAUUAUGGCUGAACAUCAGGCAAAUAUUGUGACAACAAAGACUGGAAAAAGAAAGAAGAAGGGAGGUGCACCAAGAGGAAUGUAG